UUCUCGCCUCAUUGUCCCUCUCUCUCUUUUUAUUCUUCACAAAUCACGCCGACAAAGCUUGGGUGUUGUAAUGUAAAUACGAAUAAAAAAAUAUAUAUUAAGCAAACGAGAGAAGAAAUGCGACGACGGCCAGUAACGACGACGACAAGAAGAAGGACAGUCACUGCUGUUUGUUGGGGGAUAGUUGGUUGGUUGGUGUUGUUGUUGAAGAUAUUGUGCGACCUUGGCCUACUGCCCCUUUACCACAAACCCCCAAGGCGUCGCUGCGAGCAAAGUUGGGGAGAGUAA